GCGAGUGGGAGUCGGACUAGUGGCAACGGGGAAACAGUCGGUGCUCCAUGAGACGAACGACAGGCGCUCUCUGUCGAAAACGUGGAAUUAUCUAACGCAAUACGACUUCUACAGUAUUACUGAAUACCCGUGCACUGUCACAUUUUUGUGUUUGUUGGUGGUAAAGUUAUUUUUGAAUCUCGCUUUAGCUCACUGCUUAUAGCUAGCUCGUGCCCAGCUAACCCCCGGAUCAGAGUCAAGUCGACGAUUUUUCGAGGCUUUGCAGCCCUCAAUUCACGUGGACUGUCUUUGGAAGAUGCGAGUCUAAGUCUUUUUGUGGAUAUUUCAACCAAACCUUCGUGCCUACUGCUUUGAAAAUAUGUGUUUUUGAAAGACAGGCUGGAACCAAGGAGAAUUUUAUCCGUGGGGCAGCUACCUAGCUGCAGUUGGUUAAGCAGGGUUUGUGUUUUCACUAUCAACUUUCCACUGGAUUGACCGCGCGUGAUUCGGGAAAGGUGUAUUAUUGAUGACAUUACACCCUGCAAAUUUGUGCGGUAAAACGGCCCUCUGUGACACAUUUUUUGCAUUCUGCUUUUCUUGUUCGCAGUUCUCUCAGUAUUUUGCAAACAGCCUAUGCAAUAACUGAGUUGAUAAGACCGUAGCUGUUUAUUAAAAAUGCAUAUUUGGUUACUUCCGUGCCAGAUUUAGCUUAACGCAUUUUUUGUUAACUGGUUCGUUUUAUUCAUUUAAAGUGACCUGGAGGAGUGUUCCCCGGAAUGAAAUAAUAUAUUGCCCUCGGGAUUUCAGAAUGGAGCAAGCCCCUCUCAAGUCCACUUAUUCGGUUUAUUUAGGAUAGCCUGUUAAAGAGUGGACUUUACCCUUGCAAUAUUUUUUCACGGUGGAGGCUUCCCCCUCUUUCCCCGUCAUAUAGUGUAUCCCAACCCUCAAUACAACCUUGCAUCCUUCAACACAGAGCCUCAAACAUCAAGUCGCUACCAUGUGCAAAAUAUGUCUCACGAGAGUUAUUGUCACUUACGAGUGAGUAGGAACUGGACAAUCAAGGGUAGCUCUGGACAUUAUUGAAGUGUACUGGAUGGCAACUAUUUUCACUGUCGUUUAGUGUGAUAACAUCACUCCCUCAACGAGUGAAUCACAGAAAAGACUAUCAGAUACUAGAACUGUACGUUCCUUUGGGAUUUCCGAAGCUGUGGCUGCAACCUGGAACUAACGUGAAAAGGAGAAGGAAUUGCAGCUGCUCACUUCGAAAAUGGGACCAGCAACAAAACUGGCUUUUGGCGUAUUCCUCAUCUCUUGCUCCUCAGGUGCCAUCCUAGGACGUUCGGAGACGCAGCAAUGCGUGCAGUACAACUUCCACCCCAACGUGGAGCUGCGGGGUAACCGGACGGUGAAGCAGUGCGUGGGGGAGAAGGACAAGCGCGUGCACUGCUACGCCACCUGGAAGAACAUCUCGGGCACCGUGCAGCUACUGCAGCAGGGCUGCUGGCUCGACGACCGCAGCUGCUACGGCAGUACGGAGUGCGUGGACAGGCGAGACGUGAAGGACGUCUUCUUUUGCUGCUGUGAGGGGAACAUGUGCAAUGACAAGUUCUUCUACAACCCCGACACCGUCAAACCCACCAAGAUCCCCACGGUGUCUCAGAAGCCCUCCCUCUUCCCCACGCUGCUGUAUUCGCUGGUGCCCAUCAUGGGCAUCGCGGCCAUCGCCCUCUUCUCCUUCUGGAUGUACCGCCACCACAAGCUGGCAUACCCACCCGCCCUGGUGCCCACCCAGGACCCCGGCCCUAUGCCGCCCUCGCCCAUCCUGGGCCAGAAGCCGCUGCAGUUGCUGGAGAUCAAAGCCAGGGGGCGCUUCGGGUGCGUGUGGAAGGCCCAGCUGCUCAGCGAUUACGUGGCUGUCAAGAUCUUUCCCAUUCAGGACAAGGAGUCUUGGCAGAACGAGUAUGAGAUCUACAACCUGCCGGGCAUGAGGCACGAGAACCUCCUGCACUUCAUCGGAGCCGAGAAGAGAGGCAGCAAUCUGGACAUCGAGCUUUGGCUCAUCACUGCCUACCACGAGAGGGGCUCUUUGACGGACUAUCUGAAGGCCAACGUGGUGUCGUGGAACGAGCUGUGCCACAUCGCCCAGACCAUGGCCCGUGGACUCGCCUACCUGCACGCUGACGUGCCCGGCCUGAGGGACGGUCACAAGCCCGCCAUCGCCCACCGAGACAUCAAGAGCAAGAACGUGCUGCUCAAGUCCAACCUGACGGCCUGCAUCGCAGACUUCGGCCUGGCCCUGAAGUUUGAGGCUGGCAAAUCAGCCGGGGACACGCACGGUCAGGUGGGCACGCGACGCUACAUGGCCCCCGAGGCACUAGAGGGCGCCAUCAACUUCCAGCGCGACGCCUUCCUGAGGAUAGACAUGUACGCCGUGGGCCUGGUGCUGUGGGAGCUGGCUGCUCGCUGCACUGCUGCCGACGGUCCAGUGGACGAGUACACUCUGCCGUUUGAGGAGGAGGUGGGCCAGCAUCCCGCGCUGGAGGACAUGCAGGACGUGGUGGUGCACAAGAAACUACGGCCCACACUCAGGGAGUGCUGGCAGAAGCACCCGGGCUUGGCCAUGCUGUGUGAGACCAUCGAGGAGUGCUGGGACCACGAGGCCGAGGCGCGGCUGAGUGCCGGCUGCGUGGAGGAGCGCGUGGUGCAGAUGCAGCGGCACACCAACGUCACGGCGCCUGAGGAGAUUGUCACCGUCGUCACCAUGGUGACCAACGUGGACUACCCGCCCAAGGAGUCCAGCCUCUGACUAGCCGGAGGCGCUGCCUGAAAACACACACACAAACAAACAAUGGAAAUGAAAUGAAAUGAACACAACACAGACAGGCGCAAAAAAAUAAAACUUUUUAAUGAAAGAUAUUAACGAAUGGAAGAGAAGUUAAGAGAGGAGGAGGAUGGACAUGAUGGAGAAAUGAAAUUAACCCCAGGAACUCGCUGGCUGUGUCUGCCAUCCCUCUCUCCCUCUUCUCUUGCCUCCAUGCCUCCCUUCCCCCUUCCUCCUUUGCCCCAAUGUGUACAUACAGGCAGCUGGACAGCCACUUUGUUUUAAUUAUCACUGACGGGACUGGACAGGACACAGGCCUGUGCUCUGACUUGGCAGGUCCUACUGUAUAACCUACCUAUGGCCCCCAUUCAGGUUGUUACUGGACACAGCCAGGGGAGGGCCCAUGGUCCGGGGUGGAGGGUAAAGGAGGUGUGAUGUGUCCAGAGCUAAACUCUCUUUCAAGAGGAGCCCCUCACUGCAUGGACACUCGUGCUCACUACUACUUGGCUGGACACUUGCAGUCAAAACUUAACACCGAUGUCCCUUGCGGAGAGAGAGAGAGAGAGACAGAGGGAGAGAAGGGGGGAGGAGGAGGGAAAGACAAACAUGGAUGUCCUUCUCGAUUAAACGUAAAGAGGAGAGGACGACGUCGAGCGUUGUCAGCUCUCUGUUCGCUUCAUUUCAGUAUGAAUUCUUUUUUUCUUUUUUUGAAAAAGGGUAAUGUUGGUUUUUUUCAAUGCAUCAGUUGAUCUUGUGUUCUCACGAAUGACUAUUGCAAUGCCAAUAAGAAACAGCUUCUGAAUGUCUAGUGUAUUGCUGCUGUACAUAUAUUAUAUCAGAGAGAGUGUGAGAUGUCACAGAAAUCAAAAGUUUAACUUUGUUGUUUUGCUUUUGGGUCUUUUGUUGUAUUUUAUUUCGAGAGAGAGAUUCACCUUUUUUUCCGGAGCAUUUCUUUGCGGGAAAAAAAAAUACCAACCUCUUUCUACAAGGUUAUACCUCAAGUCUCAUCAUCAGAUCGAUAAAACUUGUAUUGUCACUCAUCACUAAAACAAAUGCAAAACACUACAGAGCAUAUAGAUGACCUACGCUAGACAGAAGAGUUUCAAACACUUGCAGGGGUGUAGACGAUGUCUCUCUUUUGUGUCCUCCAACAAAUCUGAGAAUGCCAAGAUGGAAAGACCAUUCAUACACCAGUAUUUUUCUGCCUUUAAAAAAAAGAUCUUUUGUGUUUCUGCUUUUUCCUUUCCUAUCCCUGCUGUCAAUAAUGUGACCAUCAAUUCUCCUUUGUUUUUAAUCAUUGUGGUGAUUGUUAUUUUAUGUUCAAUUGUUUUUUUUUCAGACAGAGAGAUUGAGAAGAAAAAAGAGAUCCCUGAAAAUAUGAAUUUAGUGAAAAAAAUGACAUUGAAGCACUUAACCCGUUUGUAGAUUUGCAGUGUCCACAAAAAUAUUGAUGUAUGUGCAUGCCUUUUGUGUGUUUUUUGUUUGUUUGUUUCUUUCUUUCUUAUUCGUCUCUAUAUGUGGGGGGUUGAUGGGUUGGGGAAAGUAUGACACUGGUUAUAAUGUUAUGGAAACAUUUUUAAUGUUUUAUCUUUUCUUUUCUUGUUUUGUUUAUUUGUUUUCUAAAGACAAUUUUUAUGAUCUCCUGUGUAUCUGAUGUCCGGGCUGUCCCAAUAACACUCUAAUAUGUUAUGGUUCCUCUUCUGCAAUCGGUGAAGGCCCUUCUCCCUUCUCCUUUCCUUCUUCCCUUUUUCCCUUUUUGUGUCUGCUGUGAUAACUGUACUUCACUCAGUACGUCUCAGGAAGCUUUCUGGCCCCCCCGCCGCCUCCCCUUCCCCCAACCCCUCUCCUCUCUUCGCCGCUCGCUCUCUCUCUCUUCCUCAUUCAGCUGCUCUUAUUCUGGUGCCACAGAUAGAUUUUACAUUUGUAGUUUGUUUGUUUUUUUAAAUGUUUUGUUUGUUUGUUUAGCUGUUGUGGGAGGGGUUGGGCGUCUACAUGUACUUACACAUUGUUCAUGCACACACUCGCAGGACUUUUCAGGCUUAAUUGCUAAGGGGACAGUGGCCUCCGAAGCCCAGCCCACUCCCCUCCUCAGAGGACAGUUAGGGAUGUUUGUUGGAUACUAUGCCAUGCCAUGCCAUGCCGAUGUGUGGUCCCGUUUUGCCCCUAGAUUCCAGGUGAAGGUGCCUGCCAGUGCGUGUGCCCAUGGCUCGCUUCCAUGUGUGGCGUCGUGUUGGGUCAGUGUGGUUGAUUUUGUCGUUACUCUAUGGAGUCGGGACUGUCUGGGUGGUUUCGCUUUUCAAGACCCUGUUCCAUUCUUCCCUGAUGAUCUCAGUACCUUCAAUAGUAAUAACUAAAUCUGACGAUAAUUAAAGCAGCUUCACAUUAAGAAGUAUUCAGGGACACUCUACAACAACACUCUGUGCUGCUCCACCAGUUAUGCAGUUGAGUUUCGUUGGGCAAGGUGCUGGCUGCCCUGGCUACUACUACCCAGAGCUGGCAGGUGUCUGCCCCUACAGGUGUGUGCAGCUGUCUGCUUAGGAUGGCACGGAUGCUAAAUCACAGACAAGGCAACAAUGCUGAGUGAAGUUAGAGCUACAAAGCUCUGUGCCAAUGCUGGGUCUACGGAGACUCGUGGAGACCAGAAAAGGGGUCUGGGUUUAUGCAUGCAGAGAUGGUCCUCAUUGGCCAGCCUGUUGGUCUUAAGCCCAAUGGCAGGCUACGAUUGGAGCGUGGGACAGGAGACGACUGUUGGUUUGGACGUUCUCUCAGGACCUCAGCGAGGUGAUUGUAGAAUCGUAGAAGCAGGAAGUGUGUGUGUGUGUGGUUGGGAACAGCAAGGGGGCGGAAUCAUGCAAGCAGGGAGAGGGCAAAGGGGAGGUGUAUAUGCAAAUCUCUCAGAUUCGUCAGUAUGCAUCUAUGUAGCCAUCUUUCUCAAGGCUUCUGUGGCUGAGAGAGUUUCCAGUAUUAUGUUUGUUUUGAAUGUCAAUUUUUAUUUUUCCCUUCCCUUCUGUUAUGGAACACUAAAAACAGAUUUUAAAAAUAAUAAUUUGUGGGCUUCGCAUGAUGGGGCUGGUGUUGGUGGUUGGUCGGUUGUACUCAUGUAGUGCUUUGCUGCCACUCAUAUACAGUACACACAUCUCUGCCAGUGAUGUCUUCUUUUUCUUUUCUUUUAUGUGUCCUUUUAUCAUGCAAAAGAGCAUUGUUUUUAUUAUUUAAAUCAGUCGAACAGGAGCAUGAAACCCUAUAAUUUAACUGUCUCAGAAAAGCCAAACCUCCCCAACAUUACUGUCAGAAGACUGGAUUGCAAAUGCACACUUAUGUAUAUAUGAAUGUUGUUUUAGAUUGUGGAAAUUUAGCAUGAGGUUUUUUUAUGGUCUCGAGGCAAAAAAAGAAAGAAAAGAAAAAAAAUCCUUUAUAAUAUUAUUAAAGAAGAAAAGAUUUUAUCUGUGUUUAUUUUGUAUAUUGGUAUUUUAAAAAUUAAUUUUUAUUAAUUAAUUUAUGUCAUGGCCCAAAGUUAUCUUUCCAGCCAGACGAAAGGUUUCUGGCUGAGGUCUUGUCAGAAACGACCUGGAUCAGUAUGUCCUUUACCUCAACUCUCCCAAGUUGGCAGUCGGCACCGCAGCACUGCAACAUGUAAUAACACAACGCUGUAGCAAUCAACUCUCAGUGCGACGGAUGCUUUUUUGAGAACAACAGCAACUUUGAUGCGACCAGCAGAUUUAUUUCUUUUCAUACUCUAGCACUACCCUCGCAACAGCAGAUGCACUUUGUGACAUUAAAGCAGAGGUGGAAAACCCUGGGUUCAGAAAGGGGAAAUCCUGCCACAUUCACUACGUUUACAUGAGACAUUUAAUUCAGAAUAAAGCUUAAUUCUGCUUUGGAAACACUUCUUAAUUUGAAAUUAAAUGACAGAUUAAAGGAAACGCGACUGGACUAUUUAAUUCUGAAUCAUUAAUUUGAAAUUAAAAACGUCAUGUAAACGUAGCCACUUUCCUCCAGCCAAUGCAAUGAACCAGCUGAUCCCAAUUACCACACUCAUUAAGCCAGGUUAAUCAGCUAAUUGGUGCAAUCGCCUGUAUUGACAGCACAGGCAGAAUGCAAAACUAAGCAGGACUUUUGUUCUUUCAUUCCAGUUUUUUCCCACCUCUGCAUGAAAGUGGCACAUUUUACCUCUCACGAAUGCUGUGAAGCAACUGUCACUCGCCAUCAUUCUGAAUUAAUCGUAAUGGGUGCAAAGCAAACUUGUUGCAGAGCUGUUGAGGCCGACAUGCUGCAAUCCUCCCUCUCUUUUUUCGUUUUUGGUUAACUGGUAUUUAACAAAUUCAGGGCCUGGUCAGAAGUGAUUGUGAAAUAUUGUACAAAAGAAAUUGUAUGCUUCUCCUCCCCUAAGUAAACUAUAGUGACUGCUCUGAA